AUGAAGCUUCCUUACGCUUUUGCCGCUUUAGCUUAUGCGAAUGAGGUCGACGAGAAAGUUUGGCUAGAGGAUCCAUCGAACACCUUUAGCAAAGAGCUUUCAGAGAACACCUUGACCUGGAACUGGGAGGUCCCAAAAGUCGACGGAAAAUACGAGAAAGAUCAGUAUCUACGAGUUUCCGUUUCGGCUCCAACAGGAUACAAAAUCCAGGUUUCCUUUUCCAAUUUUUUUCUUGAAGACGAAUCCAUCGAUGGCAAAUGCUCUCACGAUGUCGCCUUAGUCUACGAUGGACUCGAUGGAGGAAAGCUUGCUGCUACGUAUUGUGGGACUGGCAACAAAGCUCCAGUUGUGUCCACUUACAACAAGCUCACCGUCGUCUUCAAGUCCGAUGAAAAUCAAGUCGUUGGCGGAGGCUUUGGAGCUUCUUUUGAAGCUUUGGCUACGCCCCGAUACGAAUCUGCAUGGACCGAAAUCGAGGAUGCCUUCAAACUGAUUAAAAGCGAUGUCUUUGAUGGUCAUCAUCAGCUCUCUCUGAUUAAACGAGGCAACAAGGCAAACAAGCUGCAGGAAGCGUUCAUGCGAUUCUUCACUCUCCGAUCUCGUGCUGCAUCCAGCUGUACCAACUGGGCCGGCACUGGCAACGAAGAAGACUUCACCCCUCCUGACACUGCGUCCUCAGACGAAUGUCACAGAUUGGAAACCUUUUUCAACUCCCUUUCUUCCUACCAAAACUCUUUUGUCUGCAUGGACAGUUGGGAUCCGAAAAGACAGCCGAAACUUGCUCCAGCUAAAAUGGAAAAACUAGUUGCAAGAAUGAAGCACAGUUUCUUCGUUAACAAGCUUAAAAAGAUGAACUGUGCAUAA